CAAUCCUAUCUUUUUCUCGAACCAUCAAAUCCUUUACCAGCAACCGGCUUGAAGAAGACCAAACGCGACCAACGCUUUCGUAUUCACAAUCUGACAUCAAAGGGCAGUGCAAUUCUGUCCGCUCAAGAAAAAUCGUUCCACAUAUACAUACAUCUAAAUAAACCCAACCCAAACCGCCAACAUGGGUUUCCUCGGCGAGGGUUUCAUGUUCUCCAGUCGUUCAUCAAAGUCGAAAAGGCCAAAGCCUUCGCAUCGGUCCUCAUCCUCCAGGCAAAGUAGGGAACAAAUCGAACCCAAGGAACGAGACCGGGAGCUCAAGACACGAGAGAGAGAACGAGAACGGGAAUUCAGGGAACGAGAGCGGGAACUAGAACGUCAACAAGAACGGGAGAGGGAUCGUGAACGGGAGCGGGAGCGGCCACCACCACCACCACCAAAGGCCCCCUUUUCUCCUCCAGAUGCCAGUGACAGCAGCGGGAAAAGACGGAGGCAGGAAAUGUACAGCAGGGAGAGUUAUAGAGCGGAUGAAAGGGCAGCAGUACCGAGAGGAGGACCUGACGGGAAGGAAGGAGCAGAAGGAGGGACAGGAGGUCUGGUCGGCUUCUUAGCCUCUCUCCUCCUCGGCGACGACGACGACCUUGACGGCAUGGGCUACGGAAGCGACUCCGACUCUGACAACCCGCGGCGCUCAUCUCCCAAGACUCCCAAGUCCCGUGGCGGGCAUGGAUAUGUCAAUUCAGACAUGUACGGCGACGAUGCACCUCCACGCGACUACUUUUCCCUUUCUCGAAGGACCAGCAGCCGACUGAUUGACCCUCUCGGCGGCGCCGGUGGUGGUACCCCGCGCAGCAGUCACGGUGGCAGACCGGAAAAGCCUCCCAAACGGCCAUCGUUCUUUAAAUCCUUUUCCUCAUCAGGCAGGCGAAGUUCUUUUUUUGCCAAAUUCCGCCGAUCAUCCUCCUCUUCCUCCUCCUUUUACAAACGUUCUCCCCGCCCUCGCCUCAUCAAAAAGCUCCUGAAGAAACUCAAGCGUCUCCUCCGCGACCUGGCCUACUACGCCCAGCGACACCCGAUGAAAGUCUUUAUGCUGGCCAUCAUGCCGCUCAUCACCGGCGGCGCCCUGACGGGUUUGCUCGCUAAACUGGGCAUCCGCCUCCCCAAAAUCGUUGACAGACUGCUGGCGCUAGCGGCCAAGUACUCUGCUGGCGACUCGCUGGGUGCCGUAGGGGAAGUGGCGAGGUUGGCGAGGGAUGGGAUUGGUCUUGGUGGUGGUUCCGGCGGCGCCGGUGGUAGUAGUAGGAGUGGUGGUGGCGCAGGGGCGGCAGCGGCAAUGAUGGGGGAUGCAUUAGCAAGAGGGUUUAACACGACUCAAGUUGAAAGAGGUCGGAGAGGAGACGGGUCGGUGUGGGAGAAGAGGACGAUGGAGAGAGAUGGGGUGUUCAAUGGGUCUGGAGGACCGGGGUUGAGUUGGCAGGAAGGGUUGAGGAGUGUUUUGAAGAUGUUAUCGGAAUAG